AUGUCUCUAGAGGCUGGCAUGUUUAGCGCCGGCGGUAUAGUGGCGGCCCACGACACACCCGCAUUUUAUCCGGAGGUAGAGAGACUCCCAUUGCCACAUGAUUUCCAAUGGGGAACUGCCACAGCGGCAUAUCAAAUCGAAGGGGGUGCCAGUCAAGAUGGGAAAGGUCCAUCCAUUUGGGAUACAUUCUCUCACUUGAGUCCUUCUCGAACCAAUGGGGAGAAUGCAGAUAUUGCUUGCGACCACUACAACAGAACGACAGCGGACAUCAAGUUAAUGGCCUCCCUGGGAGUGGACGUGUACCGGUUCUCGAUUGCGUGGUCCCGCAUCAUUCCACUUGGAGGCCGCAACGACCCAAUCAAUGAACAAGGCAUCGCAUUCUACAACAAUUUGAUCGAUGAACUGUUGGCCCAUAAUAUUGCACCUGUGGUGACCCUCUACCAUUGGGACGCACCUGAGGCAAUAUACGACCGGUAUGGUGCUUUUCUUAACACCGAAGAAUUCCAGGCGGACUUUGAAAAUUACGCGCAUCUAUGCUUCAGUCGGUUUGGAGAUCGCGUUCGGAAAUGGGUGACAUUCAACGAGCCGUAUAUCAUAUCUAUAUUCGCCUACCUCAAUGGAACUCUGGCUCCGGGACACUGCCGCGCAGUCGGUACCGACACGAAAACAGAGCCCUGGAUAGUCGGGCACACUAUCAUCCUCUGCCAUGCCACGGUUGUUCUGGGAUACGCGAAUGAAUUCCGCGAGUCCCAAAAUGGAGAGAUCUCCAUCGUACUGAAUGGUCAUUAUUACGAACCGUAUGAUCAAGCGAGUAGCCAAGAUCGCGACGCCGCCGAGUGCCGAUUGCUCUUUUAUAUCGCCUGGUUUGGGGACCCCAUUUUCCUUGGAAAGGACUAUCCUGCUGCCAUGCGCACCUACUUAGGCGCCCGUCUCCCCACUUUCACAGCUAAGCAGCUCGAGCUCCUCCGGCGAGCUGCGCCUGUCAACACAUACUACGGAAUGAAUCACUAUUCUACCAAGUACGUACGUGCGCUAUCGGAUCCGCCAGCAGAUGACGACUGGACCGGGAACACGGAGGAGCUGUCAAUCAACAGUGAGGGCAAAGAGAUCGGGCCUGUAUCGGGGGUAUCUUGGCUUCGGGUUGCACCAGAAGGCUUUCGGAAGUUGCUGAAUUGGAUCUGGAACCGGUACCGACUUGCUAUCAUUGUCACGGAGAAUGGUUGUCCUUGUCCAGGAGAGGACGAUGUAUCCACAGCCAUUGAUGAUAAAUUUCGACAGUGGUAUUUUGGAUUGUACCUCGAUGCGAUUUCUCGUGCCAUAUAUGAAGAUGGGAUUACCAUUGAUGGAUACUAUGUGUGGAGUUUGAUGGAUAACUACGGUAUGUUUUCUGAAAGCUAA